GCAGACGAAGCAGAAGAGAGGCAUUACGAGCCGCUUCGCUGCCUGGUGUAAGCAGCUGCGAAUUCACUUCAACAGCAGUCCCACCUGAAAUUUCUCACUCUUCACGCGCCCAUCGUCGGGGUUUAUCUCUCUGUUCUUCAGCGAGCUCAGAUUUUGGCAUUUGUACGGUAGUCAUGGCUGCCGUCUCAACGACCUUCAAGGCCGCCGUCGCUAGCCUUGGCGCAGAGGCGCGGCUAGCGGCGCCCGUAGCCUCUAGCGCGCGCAAGGUCGAGUUGCACUCGUCCUCGUUCGCUGGCAAGCCGCUCAAGGCCGCCACCUCCUCGCCGCAAAAUGUCGCCAGAUCCUCCCGUCGGUCGCGUGCGACGCCGCGCGCGCAAGGCGGGAGCAUAGAGGGCAAGCCGACGGUGCUGGUGGCGGAGAAGCUGGGCAGCGCGGGGCUGGAGCUGCUGAAGAAGAUCGCGAACGUGGACUGCUCGUACAACCUGACGCCCGAGGAGCUGUGCGCCAAGAUCUCGCUGUGCGACGCCAUCAUCGUGCGCAGCGGCACCAAGGUCACGCGCGAGGUGUUCGAGGCGUCCAACGGGCGCCUCAAGGUGGUGGGGCGCGCGGGCGUGGGCAUCGACAACGUGGACCUGCACGCCGCCACCGAGGCCGGCUGCCUCGUCGUCAACGCGCCCACCGCCAACACCGUCGCCGCCGCCGAGCACGGCAUCGCGCUGCUCACCGCCAUGUCGCGCAACAUCGCGCAGGCCGACGCGUCCAUGAAGCGAGGCGAGUGGAAGCGCAGCAAGUACAUCGGCACGUCGCUGGUGGACAAGACACUCGCCGUCAUGGGCUUCGGCAAGGUGGGGUCGGAGGUGGCGCGCCGCGCCAAGGGGCUGGGCAUGCACGUCAUCGCGCACGACCCCUACGCGCCCGCGGACCGCGCGCACGCCAUCGGCGUGGACCUGGUGUCGUUCGACGAGGCGCUGCAGCGCGCCGACUUCAUCUCGCUGCACAUGCCGCUCACGCCCGCCACCGACAAGAUGCUCAACGACGAGACGUUCGCCAAGAUGAAGAAGGGCGUGCGCAUCGUCAACGUCGCGCGUGGGGGGGUCAUCGACGAGGCGGCGCUCGUCCGCGCGCUGGACAACGGGCAAGUGGCGCAGGCGGCGCUGGACGUGUUCACGGAGGAGCCCCCGGCGGCGGACAGCGCGCUGGUGCUGCACGCCAACGUCAUCGCCACGCCGCACCUCGGCGCCAGCACCACCGAGGCGCAGGAGGGAGUGGCGGUGGAGAUCGCGGAGGCCGUGGUGGGCGCGCUCAAGGGCGAACUCGCCUCCACCGCCGUCAACGCGCCCAUGGUGCCCGCCGAGGUGUUGGAGGAGCUGUCGCCGUACGUGGAGCUGGCGGAGAAGCUGGGCCGCCUGGCCGUGCAGCUGGUCAGCGGGGGCGCGGGCGUGCGUGACGUGAAGGUGACGUACCGCACGGCGCGCAGCAGCGAGGACCUGGACACGCGGCUGCUGCGCGCCAUGAUUGCCAAGGGGCUGAUCGAGCCAAUCAGCAACGCGUACAUCAACCUGGUGAACGCGGACUACGUGGCGAAGCAGCGCGGCAUCCGCAUCCGCGAGGAGCGGCAGCCUGUGGACGUGGACGAGGCGCUGCCGCUCGACACCAUCCUGCUUGAGAUCACACACGUGCAGUCCAAGCUGGCGUCCGCCGUCAGCGAGGAGGGCGUGAUCACGCUGGGCGGCAAGGUGAAGGACGGCGUGCCGCACCUGAUCCAGGUGGGGCGCUUCAGCACUGACAUCGAGCUGGAGGGCAGCCUGCUGCUGUGCCGCCAGGUGGACCAGCCGGGCAUGAUCGGCACGGUGGGCAUGCUGCUGGGGUCGCACGACGUGAACAUCUCCUUCAUGAGCGUGGGGCGCACGGGGCCCAGGAAGCACGCGCUGAUGGCCAUCGGCGUGGACGAGGAGCCGAGCCGCGAGGUGCUGCGCGACAUCAACUCCAUCCCCGCACUCGAGGAGAUGGUCUUCCUCAAGCUCUAAUGCACGCACACACGGAGUGCUUCUUCCUAGGGGGUAGCGUUGCACUGCACACUGUAGUAGAGCUGGCUAUUAUGGACUAAGAUCAUUGCAUGGGUACCUUCCAAACCAUGAGGGAAUGAGUGAGGUCAUCUGUGCAUACUUUUGGUGCUCCAGAAUGAUUUGUGGUGCAUCACCCUGCCAGGACAGGGCCCAAAAUUGAUUUUAGGCCACUCUUAGGAAUCAGGGUACAACAAACUUUUACCCUGACGUCUAGAGUAAGUGUUUCGAAGUCUGAUUUGGCAGGGUAAA